AUGGACGAUGCCCAUCUGAAGGGGCCGUACGUUGGCACCAUGUUCUUAGCGGUCGACAUGGAUGGAAACAAUGGUAUCGUACCCAUUGUAAUGGGAGUGGGGAAGACCAAAAGUGGCCCGUCAUGGACAUGGUUUUUACGUAAGCUUAGGCAGUGUAUCAGUGAUGUGCCCAAUAUAACCUUCGUCACCGAUAGGGCUGCCUCUAUCGACCUGACCAUACGAAUUGUAUUUCCUUCUGUGCACCAUGGACUUUGUUGUCGGCAUCUGAGCCAGAACCUCCGCCUAAACUCCACUAAAGAGAAAAGGAAACGGUGGAUGUUCUGCGAGGCAUGCAAAGCUUACCGGUUGUCGGACUUUGAAACUACUAUGGAUUUGAUGCGGCAUAGUCUACCUAGAGCCGCUYAAUAUCUUGACGAAGUUGGCUACGCUAGAUGGGCACGAUCGCACUUCCCUGGAUUGCGUUACAGUGCAAUGACGUCCAAUAGUGCUGAGUCCGUCAACUCAGUAACGCGGUUUGCACGCUAUCUUCCGAUAACAAUGUUAGUUGAAUUUUAUCGGGCGACAUUGCAACAAUGGUAUUUCAUACGUCGGCAUAACGGAGCGCAAAUGAUGAAUGCAGUGACUCCUUGGGCGGAGGCCAAAUUAGAGAAGAGAAUACAUAGGAGCGCAAAUCGGAAGGUAUAUCCCAUCAGCGAUUUGUUGUUUGAAGUUGACGACCGCUAUAAGAAAGGAACGUGUGAUUUGCAUGCUAAAACUUGUACAUGCAUGCAAUGGCAACUUUCUGGAAUAGCUUGCGGUCAUGUGAUUUAUGUUGCUCGAAGUUUAUAUAUUCAAGACUGCAGUCAAUUCUGUUCUGUUUGGUUCAAUUCCGACUCUUACCGUGCAACAUACGAGGAGGAAGUCAUUCCCCUUCCACCAGAAGCUGAAUAUGGUUGCCCAACAAAUGUUUGA